UGCCAUCUUCGGGCUGGAGCAUGUUUCGUCAAGCGGACCAACAUGAUGUGGUCAUGCAUGGUAACCUUGGCAAUCACACGAAGGAGCGCCGCCUGAUGCAUGUAAUAAGGGGCGCCGCAUCGUCCUGACUCCUGAAAGAAGUUCAUGCAUGUACGUAGUCACAAACGAACCUUGGGUCAUUUAAAUUGCACUGGUCCUCGUCGAAUCCGUCCCUGUUGCUGCUUCCCCUGAGCUUAAGAAAGCUGACUGAGAACAUAUCGAGGGCCUGAAGUCAACAUGGGCCAAGGGGCACAAGCUGAGUCAACUGGUACGUGGUAUGCCAGCUACAACGACUCACUGCGAGGCGCGCUCCUCGGGCAAACCUGGACCGGGCUGGCUGUGAACGCCAUUUGCCUUGCCGUCGUACUUGUAUCUGUUCAGUGGGCCUGCGAAAUCAUUUUCACGCGGCUAUGGCGAUUACCUGGCCCUCCCAUUGCCGGUUUGACCAACUGGUACCGCUUCUAUCUGGUCCGCACAGGUGAUUACCAGCAUCACCUGAAAGCGCUUCACGACAAACAUGGGCCUGUCGUCCGCCUCGGGCCCAACGUUGUCGACUUGGAUUAUCCCGAGCUUGUCAAGACCAUGUACGGCACUGACAACAAGUAUCUGAAAACUGACUUCUACCAUAACAACUCGACCAAGAUUGGUUGGAACAUCAUUCCAAACAUGUUCUCCCAGACCGAUCCUGAGGCGCACGCCAGGAUGAGGAAGCCCGUGGCCAAGCACUACUCCUCCAGCGCAGUGCUAACAGUUGAGCCUCUGGUCGACAAGGUCAUCGACCAAUUGCUAGAGCAUCUGGAUGAACGUUUCGUCAAGACCGCCAAGCCAUGCGAUCUGGGUGAAUGGAUCGCGUUCUGCACCUGGGACAUGGUAGGCGCAGCAUCGUUCAGCGAGGACUUUGGCUACAUGGCUCAAGGCAAGGACCAUGACGGGACCAUCUCCACUGCGGACAAGGCGCUUGAUUACUUCGCUGCCAUCGGCCAGAUGCCUUUCCUGGACUAUCUCCUGGACAAGAACCCAAUCAAGCGCAUAGGCCCCCCGCACCUGGGAAAUGCAACGAGGGUAGCAAUCGAGCACAUCGCUACACGCGCCCGAGGAAACGACCCCAACUUUGACCCGAAAACACCGGACUAUCUGCAGCGCUUCAUGGAGGCAAAGGAGACGCAUCCAGAUAUCGUCGAUGAUGGAAUGAUCAUGAAUUAUGUAUUUAUUAAUCUGCUUGCCGGAUCCGAUACCACCGCCUUGACGAUCCGGGCGGUUAUGUACUACGUGUUGAAGAAUCCGGAUGUCUACCGCAAGCUGAAGAGCGACCUCGGUGAACUUGAAUUGGGGCGCAUAGCGCAGUACUCCGAAGCCAAGGCCCUGCCAUACCUCGACGCUUGCGUUCGUGAGGCCAUCCGCGUCCAUCCAGGGGUAUCGAUGAUGCUGGAACGGUACGCACCCGCAGAGGGUCUUACACUUCCUGACGGACGCUAUAUCCCCCCCUUCACCAAGGUCGGCAUGAACCCUUUCAUCAUCAACCGGAACCCGCGCAUCUGGGGCGAUGACCCCAACACUUUCCGUCCGGAGCGCUGGUUGCAGCAGGAGGAUGAGUCGAGCUCGGCGUUCGCGGAGCGCAUCAAGCUUUUCAAUGCGACCGAUUUCUCGUUUGGUGCGGGCUCAAGGAUGUGUCUGGGUCGGCAUUUGGCGCUUCUUCAGACUUAUAAGAUUGUCGCGGCCUUGGUGGGACGGUAUGACAUUAGGCUGACGAACCCGGACCGAGACUGGGAAGUGACUUGUAGUUGGUUUCCCAGGCAGAAAGGACUUGUUUGCGAUUUGAGAUAGAAAGGGGUUGGCACAAUCUACCCAAGCUCCGUCGUGCGGCAAUUCUCCGUCUAGCCCAAUGCCAGUGUGCGAUGUAAGGCGAUACAUGCUCCGCUCGAAGUCGUUACCUAGAUGCGAGUCAUGGCCUCCCAGUCAAGGAGCGC